AUGCCUCUAUCAUUCGGAGCCCUCACGACUUUGCCAGUCCAUGAAACACCCUGGAUCAAUAUCACCAUCAAAAGAUCCGGCCGCAAACCGCUUGAUGUGCUUCCUCAGACUGCCGGGCAGGCUCUCAUUCCGCACAUCAGCGCCAACCACGUGCGGGAUUAUAUCUGGGACGAAUUCGACUCCCUCAUGUCCGAAGUCGAAUUGAAACGGGCAAAUGUGGCAUCGGCCGGUCACGGGAAAGGUGCGCUCAAGUCGGAAGCACCGAUACCGUGGCUGUCGUGGACGACCUCCUCGGGCAAGAACGGUCAAACGCGGAACAGGAACAACUUCUGCAAGAUCUGGAAAGUCAAUGUGGAACAUCUCUUAAUCAUGGGCUUUCGCUGCCGGGUCAGCUCUGUACUCUUGCCUCGCGACUUGUCCUCCAUGAGCAUCGCUGUUGAUUUUCCUGGCUCCUGCGAUUCUGGCCGCGGCGUCAAGCCCAUGGCAUUGACGACUCAUCGACCUCGCUGCGAUUCUGGCGUUGCUUUCGACCGGCUCAUGAACGAACGCCCUUCUGAUAUCAGCGCUCUGUCUCUGAACCCGAGUUCCGCUGCUGCCUUCGCAAUCGGCCUUGGCGAGGUACGGCAUUACGGAGUGAGUCCAAAUGCAGGCGCGAUAUGGCUUGAGACAUGCAUUCGAAGGGCCCCGAAGCAGCCGCCUUGA